AUGUAUUGCCUGCCAACAAAAUCUUAUGAUAAUACUACUGAACUAAAUUGGGAACUAACGUCUAUUGGACAUAUAGCAGCCCCGGAGGAGUUUUGUUUGCAAAAAAAUGGCUUACCUGUAAAGAGAUUAUGCUCCGGUUCAUAUCUUUUAGGAAGUAUUUGGGGAGGUGUGGAAGGCACAUGCAAUCAAAAUUAUAAGCCGUCAUAUACAACGACAUUCCUAUAUAAUUUUGUGAAAGACCUAGUACCUGAAAAUGAUACGUCUCGUUUUCUUAUUGACGGUCUGAGCUUCGUCUUAAAUGAUGUGAACAUUAUAAUACCAGCGGAUAUUUACUAUCUAUCCAUGUCUUUAAAGCAUAUACUGAAUAAAGCUGAUGAAAACCUUACUAAAAUCGAUAUGGGAAACAUUGGUAAUAUUGCGUGGGCUAUUGAUAGAGUUAUGCUUCUAGAUACAUCUUACUUGAGAUUAUCUCAAACAUUAAAUUCAACAAACGUUAUUCUUGAUUCAGUUGGUGGCAUAAUUAAUAGAUUAGCUGUGAAAGAAGCUAAAGUGGGUAAUACUCAACGAAAUUUCUUAAGUAGCUAUCAGUUGGCUGUUCGACCUCGGUUUAUUUUACAAGUGUCUUAUCCACACAUCAAUAAUGUUAGUGGGAUUGCUGUGACCAGAACGUCCAGUGACGAUUCAUUUAUAUCUAUGGAAAUUAAACCCUUAUUUAUAAAUACGACAUUAGAAGAUGUAUUGUCGAUAGAUAAUUUGGAAGUAGCAACUUGGGUACCGAUGAAUGUUUUACAAACACUGAAAAAAAUUAACUAUAAUGGAAGUAAAGAAGACGCUGAAAUGAAUGAAGACAUUUAUAUUAUAAUAAGUGUGUUCUACAGCGAUGUUAUGUUUCAGGAAUUAAAUGUAACUUAUAAUGUAAAUAGUCGAAUAGUCGGAGUGGCGCUGCCUCCUGGUUUUAUUUCAAAUUUAGAAGAGCCAAUUCCUCUGAUAUACAGAGACCUAGUAUCUGCAGGACCGAAUAAACAUUGUGGGUAUUGGGAUUUCCAAAUGAAUUCAAUGGAUAGUAGCCCUGGUCAUUGGUCUAACAAAGGAUGCUAUUUAAGAAAAACCAACAACACUUUGACUGUUUGUCAAUGUUACCAUCUGACACAUUUUGGACAGUUGAUAGACUUUAAUAGAGCUAAAAAUAAUAGCGACGCUCAUUCACGCCAUUCCAUACCUCUGAAUAUUAUAUCAUUAAUUGGAAGUUUUCUUUCCUUGUUGGGUAUCAUGGGUAUGUGGGUGACAGCUUGUGUUUUUCAGACGUGGAGGAAGAAAGCUAGCACGAAAGUUCUACUUCAUCUUUCAAGCUCGAUUGCUAUGCCCCUGUUGAUUAUGAUUAUUUUCAAUUUGAAUGAUACUAUUUUUGUCGAAGAUAACGGCGUUUGUACAUAA